AUCACACACCCUCCUCCAUAUUUCUUAAUAUAUAAAUGGAUAUAGGAUCCAAACUGCACACAUCCACUUAGAGGAAAAGGGGAAGAGAGAGAAGCGAGAGAGACGACGACACAUGAAACAGGAACAUGCCUGAACCCAAGAAGCCAGCUCCUAAGAAACAGGAAGCAGCUCCUCCUGCUGAAGAGGAUGAAGGAUGGGGGGACGAGUUGCCAGAGGAUGAGCAUGUGCCUGGGGAGGAGCGACAGAUGUCGGAAGUAACCGGUCUCAUUGUGGAGAGGCCCCAGAGUACCACGGCAACCAAAGGGAAAAACAUAACCUUCGUAGCCAAGGUGGACUCGUCAACUCUCUUGAGGAAGCCGGUGUUAAAGUGGCUGAAAGGGAAGUGGUUGGACCUGGGCAGCAAAGCAGGCAAACACCUGCAGUUUAAAGAAACCUAUGACAGGAACACUAAGAUAUACACCUAUGAGAUGACCAUUGUGAAGGUGGUUGAGGGGGAUGCAGGAGGUUAUCGCUGUGAGGUCACAUCCAAGGACAAGUGUGACAGCUGCACUUUUGAGCUCACUGUUGAAGCUGCACAAGAGGUUCAGCAAACCAACAUUCUGGAGGCCUUCAAACGAUCGGGAGACGCAGGAGAGGACGCUGGAGAUCUGGAUUUCAGUGGUCUCCUUAAGAAAAGAGAGAGGAAGCAGAAAGAGGAGCCCCAGGAGGACGUGGACGUGUGGGAGAUACUAAAGAACGCGAAACCCUGCGACUACGAGAAGAUCGCAUUCCAGUACGGGAUCACCGACCUGCGGGGAAUGCUGAAGAGACUGAAGAAGAUGAAGAAGGUGGAGCCUAAAAAGAGUGACGCCUUCCUGAAAAAGUUGGACCCUGCGUAUUCGGUGGAAAAAGGGAAGAGGAUCCAGCUGUCUGUGGAGUUGACGGAUCCUAACCAGCAGGUCAAGUGGCUGAAAAAUGGGCAGGAGAUCAAACCUUCAGCAAAGUACGUGUUUGAGAGUAUUGGAGGGAUCCGAAAACUCACCAUCAACAAGUGCACGUUGUCGGAUGAUGCUGCGUAUGAGUGUGUGGUCGGGGAGGAAAAGAGCUUCACUGAGGUCUUUGUACAAGAGCCUCCGGUCACCAUCACCAAGCUGCUGGAUGACAUCCACGUCGUGGUGGGGGACAAAGUGGAGUUCGAGGUGGAAGUGUCCGAAGAAGGAGCCAGCGUUAUAUGGAUGAAGGAUGGAGUGGAAUUGAGUCGGGAUGGAAAGUAUCGAAUUAAGAAGGAAGGGAAGAAACACUGGCUGAUCAUCAACGAGGCUACAAAGGAGGACAUCGGAACGUACUACGUCUACACCAACGGGGGGGAGUCGAAGGGAGAGCUGGAGGUGGAAGAUAAGGAGCUGGAGGUGCUGCAGAGUAUCGCUGAUCUGACGGUGAAGGCCGCUGAGCAGGCCGUGUUUAAAUGCGAGGUUUCUGAUGAGAAAGUCACGGGGAAAUGGUUUAAGGAUGGAGUGGAGGUUAUUCCGAGUAAACGCAUCAAAAUGACACACGUCGGCAGGAUCCACAAGUUGACGAUUGAUGACGUGAAGCCGGAGGAUGCAGGAGACUACACCUUCGUCCCUGAUGGCCACGCGAUCUCCCUUUCAGCCAAACUCAACUUCUUAGAAAUCAAGAUUGAAUAUGUUCCUCGUCAGGAUCCUCCGAAAAUCCACCUGGACACCACGGGCAGCAUGGCGAACAGCAACACCAUCAUCGUGGUGGCGGGGAAUAAACUGCGUCUGGAUGUGGAGAUCACAGGAGAACCAGCGCCCAUCGUCUGCUGGAAGAAAGGAGACAUUGAGAUAACAGCCUCUGAGGGACGAGUGCGUGUGGAUAGCAGGAAGAACCUGAGCAGUUUUGUGAUUGAGGGAGCGGAGAGAUCAGAUGAAGGACUUUAUACCAUCACCGUCACCAAUCCUGCAGGAGAGGACAAGGCCCAGAUCACCAUCAAGAUCGUGGAUGUUCCUGAUCCACCAGAGAACGUGCGCUGUACAGGCGUGGGUGAGGACACGGCCUCCGUCACCUGGGAUGCGCCCAAAUUUGAUGGCGGUUCACUAGUUAAAGGCUAUCUGAUGGAGAGGCGGAAGAAAGGCUCAUCCAGGUGGACCAAGCUGAACUUCGAUAUCUACGAGUCGACCGUGUAUGAAGCAAAGAAGAUGAUCGAGGGCGUGGUGUACGAGAUGAGGAUAUUCGCCGUUAACGGGAUCGGGGUCUCCCAGCCCAGCGCCAUCUCUAAACCCUUCAUGCCUAUUGCCCCGACGAGCGAGCCGACUCGGCUGACGGUCGAUGACAUCACAGACAACACGUGUGCACUGAAGUGGCGUCCUCCGGAGAGGAUUGGUGCUGGUGGUGUGGACGGGUACAUCAUCGAGUACUGCAUCGAAGGAGGGAGCGAGUGGGUGCAGGCCAACGAGACCCCCGUGGAUAAGAUCAGUUAUCGUGUUCGAGGGCUGCAGAUUGGAGAGAAAUACCUGUUCAGAGUGAAAGCGGUGAACAUCGCGGGCCAAAGCCCACCGGCCGAGAUCAAACAAGGAGUCACCAUCCGGGAGAUCACUGAGAACCCCAGGAUCCGUCUGCCUCGUCAGUUAAGGACUAAGUUCAUCAGGAAGGUUGGGGAGAAGGUCAACCUCGUCAUUCCCUUUCAGGGAAAGCCUCGUCCUGUAGUGACGUGGUUUAAGGACGACGCUCCGUUGGAUCCAAAACUGGUUAACAUCCGCACCACUGAGGUGGACACCAUCCUGUUCAUCAGGAGCGCCACCCGAGAACACUCAGGAAAAUACACACUCUCUGUCCAGAUCGAGAACAUGGAGGACAAAGCCACCAUCGAGAUCCAGAUUGUAGAGAAGCCCGGGCCACCCAUCGCCAUCACGGUGACUGAUGUGUGGGGUUUUAACGCCGCUCUCGAGUGGAAGCCGCCCAAAGACAACGGCAACAGCGAGAUCACGGGGUACACCAUCCAGAAAGCUGACAUGAAGACCAAGGAGUGGUUCACGGUGUAUGAACACAACCGCCGGCCAAGCUGCACCAUCUCUGACCUCGUGAUGGGGAACGAGUACAUGUUCAGCGUGUACAGCGAGAAUAUCUGCGGCCUGAGCGAGGAGGCGGGGCUUAGCAAGAACACAGCUGUCAUCUCCAAAACAGGUCUUCGCUAUAAGACAAAACCAUUUAUAGAGAGGGACAUGAGCAGCUCCCCCAAGUUCAUCACGCCCCUUGUGGACAGAUGUGUCAUUGCAGGUUACAACGCAGCCAUCAGCUGCGCCGUCCGCGGCUUCCCCAAGCCCAAGAUCAUCUGGAUGAAGAACAAGACAAUAAUCGGUGGCGACCCGAAGUUCCUCAUGCAGAACAACCAGGGAGUCCUGACUCUGAACAUCCGCAAGCCCAGCCUGUUCGAUGGAGGGAUGUACACGUGCAAGGCCAUCAACGACUUCGGCGAGGACGAGGUGGAGUGCAAGUUGGAGGUCCGAGUUGUAACAGAGAAGGAAGGAGCAAAGAAGUGAAGAUUGCAAACAGCGCAGAAGGAUGCCGAAAAAUGGAAAAUAGAUGAAAUCACAAUAGAAAAUAAAUGAUUUGUAGUAUAGUGUCUAUAUCUCAGCCUAAAUUCUAUAAUCUGGAUUGAUAUAUGAUGAGAUUAUUGCAGUUUUAAAGUAUAUUUGCUUUGUUAUGAAUGCUUCAGUUCUGUGCACUCGCGAUAUUACACUUCAUAUCCGUGCGUUCGUGUCUUCAGCUUCUGCUUUGUGAAUUUUAUGCAAAUGUUAAUCAGCUCGUAUUAAUGAACCCGAGCCUGAAUGACAUGAGGAACGGCAUCUCUGACAGAUUUAUGCCCAAAAAUGAAUGAAUAAAUAAAUAAAUAAAAUGUAUAAU